GAACCUUGUUAUUACAUAAAAAUACAGGACGACUUCAUUUUCUUCUUCAAUGGCAGUGUCAGAAAUCUCGCGAUGUAGUUAUCAUGUAUUCUUGAGUUUUAGAGGUGAAGAUACGCGCAGAAGUUUCACGGAUCAUCUUUACACAGCUUUGGUGCACUUGGGAAUUCAAACAUUUAGAGAUGAUGAGGAAAUCGAGAGAGGGAAUAACAUAAAAGAUGAAAUUGAAAAAGCAAUACUACACCGCUCCAAAAUUUCUAUCGUUGUUUUCUCAAAGAAUUAUGCUGCAUCCACAUGGUGUCUUAACGAACUUGUAAUGAUAUUGGAGCACAAGAAAUCCUCUAAACAUAUUGUGUUGCCAGUUUUCUAUGAUGUGGAUCCGAGUCAAGUCAAGAACCAGACGGGAAGUUAUGCAGAAGCAUUUACCCAACACGAACAAAACUUCGAGUCCAUGGUACAAACAUGGAGGAAUGCUUUGAAAGAAGUUGCGGAUAUAAGAGGCAUGGUUCUACUGGACAGUUGGAAUAGAUUCUCUCGUGACACAAAUUAAUCAAUGGUGAGAACAAGAUGGAGCAAAUAAAGUUGGCAUUGCAACUAUUUGUGGCAUUGGAGGCAUUGGGAAGACAACCAUUGCCAAAGUUUUUCACAAUCAAAACAUCCCGAGGUUUGAAGGUUAUAGUUUCCUUGCUGAUGUUAGAGAAACAAGUCAAGAUUGCAAUGGUUUAGUCUGUUUGCAAAGGCAACUUAUUUUAGAUAUCCUUCAAGGAAAAUCACAUAAAAUAUACAAUAUAGAUAAUGGAAUUAACAAGAUCAAAGAAAUUGUAUGUUGUAGAAUAGUUCUUCUUGUUCUUGAUGAUGUUGAUGAAUUGGAAAAAAUAAGAAAAUUAAUGGGAACUCAAAUUCCUUUUCA